AUGGGGAACUACAUCUCUUGCAUGCUUGCCAACCCAGCAGAAAGACAGUCAAGAGGUGCAAAGGUGAUCCUACUAAGCGGCGAAAUCCAACAACUCGACGGUCAUGUCAAGGCGGCAGAACUCAUUUUCGAGAUAUCCAAUUACUUCUUGGGGAAUUUCCGAUCACUGCAAAUAGGACGGAGGUUCUCUACGCUUAGCCCCGAUGAAGAUUUAGAAAUGGGUAACGUCUAUAUCAUGUUUCCAAUGAAGAGAGUCAAUUUUGUUAUCAAAGCAGCAGACAUGGGAGCCUUGUUUAUAAGUGCGAACAGGGCUGCCAAUUGGGCUUCGAGUACUGGGGCGGUGCACAUCGUGUCGAGUACUGGGGUGGUACGCAUCGAGAAUAAACAGAGAGGUUGA